AAUUCCCCAAAAAUCUCCAUUUCUCACAUUUUCUUACAUUUUCCAACCAUACAAACUAUUUCCCAAACUAAAUUGAACCAGUUAGGUCCAGCCUGGUAAUGGAGCGAGAGAGGGCUAGGGUUAGAGAUAGGUUUCUGAUAGCCAGGGACAACGGCAGUGGUUUCCGGCGGCGGCGGCUCCCAGGAUACGGUAAGCACUUCAUUGGACAGGCAACGACAUACUUUUUCUAUGAUUUUCCAGCGAUGCAUUCUGUGAAGGAUCUGUGGUAUAGGUUUUGGUCUUUUGGAAAAGUGGGCGAUGUUUAUAUUCCAGAAAGGAGAGAUCGGAGAGGGCGGCGUUUUGGAUUUGUUCGGAUGGCUGAGGUUUCAGAUGCCAAGGAUAUGGAACGAAAGUUGAAUCAAAUUUGGCUGGGUUCGUAUCGGUUGAAGGUCAAAUUGGCAGAAAACAUGAAAUCCGAGAGGGAAGGGAUAUACAGAGGAAACCAGCAAAACCAGACAACAGCGCAAUGGCUCAGACGAGAUAAAAAGGUGUCUCCUGGGUUAACGUAUGCACAGAUUGUUACUGGGAAAAUUAUGGCGUCUGAUGAAGGGGAGGCGAUGACCCAGGUGUUGGAGCAAGCAGUGGUGCAAAAAGUGCCAGAGAAGAAAGUUGCAGGGUUAGAACAAACGGGUGCAUUGUCGAAAGAGUGGGCAGUGAUACCAGUGUCAAUACCUGUUCAAGCUUCAACGUCAACAGAGAGUGAUGCUAACGCAAAGACUUAUGUGCCGAAGGAGCUGGUUCUGCAGUUUUCUCCCAGGGAGAAUGAGAUCGCAUGGUUGAAGCAAAGUAGAGUGGCAUUGGUUCGGUCUUUGGAUUUAGUGAUGAAAAUUCAAAAUAGGCUGGAUGUGGAUGGUGUAAUGGUGAACGUAGCUCUGCUAGGGGGUAGACAUGUGCUGUUAAUGGAUAAUACGGAGGGUUGCUUAGAGGAGUUUAUUGAUAAAAACAAGGAGUUGGUGGAGUUUUGGUUUGAAUGGAUUCAGCCAACCUCAUUAUAUACUAUGCCAUCGAGAAAUAGGUUGGUGUGGCUUCGUUUUAAUGGUGUUCCAUUGAGAGCAUGGAGUGAGCGAUGUUUCUCGGAAUUAGUAGGUUUAAUUGGUGAAGUUAUACUUGUUGAUGAUGAUACAAAAUUUAAAUCAUUUUUGAGUGAAGGUCGGGUCUUGGUGUUGUGUGAUGACUCCAUGAAAAUAGCGCAGACAAUCAAUCUAAUGGUGGAUGGAGAGUCUUUUCUGAUCAAGGUUUUAGAGGAGGAGUGGCGUAUGGAUCCGGACAGGUGGCUGGCCAGUGAACGGAGGAGCUCCGGCACGGGUUUGGACGUGUCCGACAUGGAGUCCGAGAAUUCAGAGGACCGUUACAGUGAAGGUGAUGAUAGAGCAGUAAUGGUCGAAGAUUGUGCAGAAACGGAAGCAGAAUCCAAGCUGAGUUUAAAACAGAAUUGUGUUAAAAAUUUUGAAUUAGAUGGGCCAGAGCUGGAUGGGCUGAGUAAUGUGGGCUCGGUUGGGCCAAGGGAGUGUGAGGCGGAGGAGCUGGGUGUAGCAAAUGGGUCUCGUGAGGGGCUUCGGCCUGCUGGAGUGCAACAGAAGGGAGCUGCUGUGUUGGUUAAAAAAUGUAAGAAAUUGGGGGACAUUUACGCAGGGGAUGGGGUUGCGGAGGAAACGAGGGAAAUGGGGAUGCAGUGGGUGACGGCAAGAACCAGAUGGAGGAAGGAAAGAAGGGAAACAGUAAGACAAUUGGAGCAUGGAACGGAAUCACAGAACACUGAGUUUUCUUUGUCUGAUGGCUGCAUCCAAAAUCGCAAUGCUCUGAUUCGGCAGCAAUUGGAGUUGGAUGAGGGGAUGAGGGGAAGGUCUUGUUGUGGGAGGAGGCUUGCUGGGCGAGUUUUAGAAGAGGGUGGGUGUUGGCUGUUUGCUGGAGAUUUUAAUGCUGUCCGGAAUGUAUCAGAACGAAAGGGUAGAAUGAGGGAGACGCAGGAUAUGCAAGAUUUUAAUCACUUUGUGGAAAGCACGGGGUUAAUUGAUGUUUGCCUGCGAAAUAGAAAGUUUACAUGGUAUAGACCGGAUGGAUCAUCCAUGAGUAGACUUGACAGAUUUUUGAUGUCUACAGAAAUGAGUUUAUUGGCCACGGAUUGGGUUCAAGAAGGUGUGGCAAGGUCAGUCUUUGAUCAUUGUGCAAUAAUCCUGAAGGCAAGGAAUACAGAUUGGGGUCCAAAGCCUUUUCGGGUAAUGGAUGUGUGGCAACAACAUCCAGAUUUCAAAAGUUUUGUAGACGAUAAGUGGAAAGCCAUGCAAGUUGAAGGGUGGGCGGCUUAUAAAUGCAAGCAGAAGCUGAAGUUAAUGAAGGAUGAGUGUAAAAGGUGGAAUAAAGAAGUUUUUGGUAAUGUGGAGAGUCGAUGGGGGAUAUUAUCCAAGGAAAUUGAAGAGCUGGAUAUAAAAAGUGAAGAAGUUGAAUUAGAUGAGAAUGAGGUGUUACUCCGAAGGGAAUGUGUACAUGCACGGAGAGCACAAAAUGCAAUUUCAAGUAUCUUAGGAGAGGAUGGGUGGGUUGAGGAGCCAAGUAGGGUGAAAGAGGAGGCAGUGAGGUAUUUUAGUCAGUUGUUUCAGAAUGAACAGUGGAAGCGGCCAGUGUUGGGAGGAAUCCAUUUCAACAGAAUCUCAGCUGCACAAAGGGAGUGGUUAGAACGGCCUUUUUCAGUGGAGGAGAUUGAGGAGGGUCUACAGAGCUGUGAUGGGGCGAAGGCACCAGGACUAGAUGGCUACAAUUUCAAUUUUAUACAAUUUGCCUGGAGUACUUUAAAAGAGGAUUUUGUGAAGUUUUUGUGUGAAUUCCACCAACAUGGGAGGUUAGUAAAAGGUUUAAAUUCCUCUUUUUUGGCUUUAAUUCCUAAAAAGGCAAAUCCAGUGCAUUUUAAGGAGUAUAGACCCAUUAGCUCGAUUGGUUGUUUAUACAAACUACUGGCAAAAAUACUGGCGAAUCGUUUAAAAUUGGUGAUGACAGAUAUUAUUAGUGAUUCACAGUCAGCUUUUGUCGGAGGUCGGCAAUUGGUAGAUAGUGUGCUAAUCUUGAAUGAGGUGGUAGAUGAGGUGAAACAGAGAAAACAAGAGAGUUUUAUCUUUAAGGCGGAUUUUGAGAAAGCAUAUGAUUGUGUGGAUUGGAACUUUCUGGAUUGGAUGAUGGAACAAAUGGGGUUUGGAGUUAUGUGGAGAAAAUGGAUUCAGGAAUGUCUUUCGACGACUCGGAUUUCUAUUUUAAUAAAUGGAAGUCCGACAAAGGAGUUCUUGGUUGGCAAGGGUCUUUGUCAAGGUGAUCCAUUGUCCCCAUUUUUGUUUUUGUUAGUAGGUGAAGGGUUGUGUGGUAUGGUUCGAAAGGCAGAGGCAGAAGGGCUUUUCAGAGGAGUCAAGAUUGGAGAGGGUGAAGGGUGGGUAAAUGGUGCAGCUGACAUUUUGCAUUGCAAGAUAGGAACGAUGCCCUUUAUUUACCUUGGGUUACCGGUUGGAGGAAUUUCAGGGAGGAAAAAGUUUUGGGUUUCUAUAUUGGAUCGCUUUCGGAAUAAGCUUGCCGCCUGGAAACGUUCACUACUGUCCUUUGGAGGUCGAAUUACCUUGCUCAACUCGAUACUUUCUGCUCUUCCUAUUUUUUACUUGUCCUUAUUUAAAAUUCCAAAUUGUGUUCUUGGUGAGAUGGUUAAGAUUCAGAGGGAUUUCUUUUGGGGUGGAACAAAUUUGGAGAGGAAAAUUGCUUGGGUAAGGUGGGAUCAUAUUUGUGUUGAUAAGGAGAGAGGGGGAUUAGGAGUGGAUGAGUUAAAGAGGAGAAACUGGGCUUUAUUGGGUAAGUGGUGGUUUAGGUUAGGUGAUGGGGUAGGGGGAUUAUGGAAGAGGGUGAUUUGGGAGAAGUAUUACGGGGGUCGACAGAAGGGUGAUAUUACUUUUUUCAGUUCCUUGCGUAUGUCUCGAGUGUGGAAGGACAUUGUGGGUGUUGGUAAUGGGUCGAAGAGGUUGAGUUUAAUGCUAGGAAAAGGCUUUCAAUGGGAGAUUGGGGAUGGAAGUCGAGUGGCUUUUUGGGAUGCUAAGUGGGGUGGUGAUAAACCUUUAAAGGAUUUAUUUCCGAGGUUGUAUGCGUUAUCAUUGAACAAGGAGGGGAUGUUGAAGGAUAUGGGUUUUUGGAGGGAGGGCACAUGGGUAUGGGACUGUAAAUGGCGACGAAGCUAUUCGGGGAGGGUUGGUGAGGAGGAAGAAAGGUUUAGGGAGAUUAUCAAUAGGAUCACGGUAAAGGAGAAUAAAGAGGAUUCAUGGAGAUGGGCUCAUAGUACUGCUGGGGUUUAUUCUGUUAAGGAGGCAUAUGCUUUUUUAGCUCCUAAGGAUGAUCUUUUGGCUAAGAAAUGGGUGAGAAUCAUUUGGUGUAAGUUUGCUCCAUCGAAAGUGAGUGUUUUUGGGUGGCGGUUAUUUUUGGAUAGGUUGGCAACUAAGGAUAACCUAUUUAAGAAAGGGAUUGCACGGCUAGGGGGGGGGGAUGUGAGUUGUGGAGUAUGUGGGGAGGGCAUAGAUCAAGGGGUUCUGUCGAACGACAUUUUCGAUUUGGCAGAGUUCGUGACGCAUGGUAUUAGUGGAGGUCGUUUGGCGGAUUUAGGGGCUUUCAUUUUUCUGAUUGUUGCUUGGUUUAUUUGGUUCAGGAGGAAUAUGCAGGUGUUUGAUACAAAGUUGAUGUCUGCGGAGGAGGCCAUUAUCCAGCAUCGUGGUAAUCAGAAACUGUAUCACAUGCGGCAGCGAGAUGUGGGAUGAGUUUCCUGUACGUAAGUGUUGCUGCUUCUUGUGUUAAAUCGUCAACUCCUAGAUGCUGGUUCCGGGCUUCAUGUGUGAUUUCCUGUGAUUUCUUU